AUGUCUGGAACAGUAAAAGUGCUUGAAGGUGAUGGACAUGUUGGCACACAUCUAAACGUUACAUUUCCACCAGGAACUCCUGCAGUUGGUUAUAUGAAGGAAAUGGUUACAAAGGUUGAUAACAAGAAGCGUGUGAAGGAAACAAAAACCAUUGAAGCAGGAUUUAUAGCACUGGGCUUCAGUCGUUAUGUAACUCAAUAUAAAAUUAUUGAGAAAAAUUCUACAUCAAGUAUUAUAAGAUUAACAAUAGAGUAUGAGCUUGAUGAUAAGUUAGCAAAUCUUACUUUUGUAGUAAAUACUGAGAUAGUGGAAACACUUGCAGAAACCGUUGGAAAAUACAUGACUGAGAAGACACCUCCUCCUUAUUAG